UUAUAAAAUUUUGUAAAUAAGUGAUUUUUCUCCUUCACUGAUGUACGCUAAUGAGGCUGUAGUGGUGGGCACUGAUAAAAUGCACUGAUGGACACUGAUAGGUGGCACUGAUUGGCAGCACUGAUAGGUGGCACUGAUUGGCAUUGAUAGGUGGCACUGACUGGCACUGAUGAGUGACACUGAAGGGCAGCUCAGAUGGGCACUGAUUUUUGGCAUUGAUGUGCACUGGUAUGCACUGAUAUGUGGCAUUGUGGCACUGAUGGACACUGGCACGUGGCACUGUUCAGCUGGCACUGAUGGACUCUGACAGGUGGC